CCGAACGGCCACCCGUCAGCGCACAACUCGUCCGGCUUCCAUGGGCAGCGCAUCCAAAAAUUUCCGGCGGGUGCGCGCUCUCAAUGUGUUUUUCUCUGCCAUCAUUUUGACUGGACAAAACACAACCCUCAUCGCCGUGCAUUUAUUUUGACUCAUUUACGAGUGCGUGUUUUUUUUGAGUUUUGUUUCUGAUUCAACAUCCAGCAGUUGUCGCGUUUUGUGCUUUCGUUCGUUCGUUCGUGUCGGCAACGUGAAAAUUUUAAGUGGUUAACUUUUUUUUUCAUUUCUGUGCGUGUGUGUGUGUGUUGAAGUUCGCCGAGUUUUAUAUUUGACAGCCGAUUGUCGAUGAAAUUCGAUCCCGACAUCAAGUGAAAGAGAAUCAAUUCACACGGAACGAUGGAAUACAGUUGAUUGGAAGACAAAACCAAAAUUUGAAUAGCCAGAGACAAACUUUUGAUGAUUCAAAGUGUCGCAUUUGGUUUUUGAAUAAAUUUCGAAACUCUAACGUGUGCGUGUUAACCUUUAAGUGCGUGAAAUUAAACAAACAAUUUCGAUUGAUUGGCUGGACAUAUCUAUCCGUCGGCGGCCAAUUUGUGUGUUUUGUUAGUUUUUCGGGAAUCCUAUCGCCACCAUUUCACAUCAAAGCAGCAAAAUGUCUCGCAGGAAACAAGCACGUCCCAUACGACAUUUGGAUGACGAGGAUGGCGGUGGUGGUGGUGGUGGACCGGACGGCGUUGCGUCGCUUCUCGACGGCCAAGAGGACGAAGCUUCAACCACCCACACCGGAGCCGACGAUGGAGGAGCGGACGAUCGGGUCAACAACAAUAACGAAAAGAGAGGCAGACGGAGAAAGAGGGACGAAGAUGAGGAGGAAUUGAUGGCCAGCGAAGAGGACGACCAGGAGGCCGGCAGUGACGUUGAUGACGAAGAGGAAGAUCAGGAGGAUUUGCCGGCCCGGCUGAAGAAACAGGCUCGAGAGAGGGACGUCCUGCUGGCCACGCCGGCUGCUCUCAUGAACGAGGUGGCCAUGACGGACAAAGCUUUGAGUCUACCCUUCGCAGUGGCCGGCCAAGGAGUGAUGGCAGGCAGCGGUGGGUCGAGUGAAACGACGGCCGCCGCUGCUGGCCAGCUCCCGUUCCCUUACGCGGCCACAUUGGCCAACGCUAACGUGACGCUGGACGCCCUGCAGAGCACCAAAAUGGCCAUCGCCCAGUUUGCCGCCACCGCCAUGGCCAACAAAGAUUCUCAGAGUCCAGCAGCCAUCCAGGAGCUGGCCGUCCUUCAGUCAACUCUUUACGCUCUGCAGCAGCAGCAGAUCAUGCAGCUGCAACUGAUCCAGCAGCUCCAGCAGCAAUUGCAGAUCAACAACCAAACGGACCAAGGAGCGGUCGCCGCAGUGCCGGGCGUGCCCAGCAGCGUCACCGGCCCAGUUGGCGCCAUCAUUAGCCAGCUUGCCGCUUCAGGUAGGGAAGGUGGUCACCAGCACGGCAGCAGCAGUGCCGGACUGCUGGAAACUCACGAAUCGGAAACUCCAGCAACAACUACCAGAGCGUCCAGCAGCAGUGAAAACAGUUCGCGGACUUCGACUCCUGCUGCCCGACCUCUGGCGCCCAGUCAGUCGGAGCAUCACAGUAGCCGAACGGCCGGCCCUCAGUCGCCGAGAGGCAAAGAAGCACCUCGCCGGCCAAGACCAGACGACCACAUGUCCGGCCUGGUGACGGCCAAAGUCAUGCCGACCCAGUCAUCCUCCUCAUCGGCCACCAAUACGACGACGGCACCUCCGACGACAGCAGCAGCCGUGACGUCCAGCUGGUCCAGCUCGACUUACUCGCACAAUUCGUUCUCGACGGCCAGUCUCAUGUCGCAGCUGCCGGGCGGCUCGCUGGCCGACACCAUUCUGCAAACAUCUGAGCCACCGACCAACCCGGAAGGGCCCAGCACGCUGGACCUGCUCCAGCGGACGGCCCAGCAGGUUUUGAACAACGCCUCGCAGGGUUUGCUGGCCACCAACCUGGCCGACGAGCUGGGCUUCCGCAACGGAAUGGGCGGAUCUGGCGGUGGUGGCGGCCAUUCGGGCAGCGGCUCGAGCGGCAACGGCGACUGCGGGACGGGUGGGUCCGGUUCUGGCGGCAAGAAAGAUCAGCUGUUCAAGCACCGCUGUCGCUAUUGCGGCAAAGUUUUCAGCAGCGACUCGGCCCUUCAGAUUCACAUCCGGUCGCACACGGGCGAGCGGCCGUUCAAGUGCAACAUCUGCGGCAAUCGGUUCACCACCAAGGGCAACCUCAAGGUCCAUUUCCAGCGCCACGCCCAGCGCUUCCCGCACAUCAAAAUGAAUCCUCACCCGGUGCCGGAGCAUCUGGACAAAUUCCACCCGCCGCUGCUGGCCCAGCUGGACAUGGACGAGUCGAAAAUGUCCCCACCGCCACCACCACCUCCGCCGACGUCGACGGGCUCCGCCCAUCACCAUCACCACCACCACGGAUUCCUCCCGCCGCCGCCGACGUCGUCGGCCGGCGGACACCACCACCACCACCAUCCGCAUCAUCCGCAUCCGGCCACGUCCAGCAGUCUCUUCCGCUCGGCUCCCGUCGUCCCCGUUUCCAGUUCGUUUCUAUUCCGGCCGCACUCGCUGGGCGAUCUUAUGCCGCCGGGCAUCCGUCCCAUGUUCCCACCUCUCAUGGCCGUCCCGCCCAUGCCCAGCAAGGAACUGACCUCAAUGACAGCCACACCUCAAGAAUCACCGGUCCAGAAAUCUGGUGCCGCCGGCCCGGAAUUGACGGAGAAAACUGUGAAGAGUCAAGAGGAGACGGACAGCGAGGAGAUGAAGGCGGACGCCGUUGUCAAAACGGAACGCCCAGACGAAGAAGAAGAAGAGGAAAACGAAAUGGACAAUGAGAUGGGCGAGCAGAGGAACGAGACGGAAUCGCCCGUCGGAGAACGAGCGGCCAGCUCGGCCGGAACUCCGCAACCAACGGUUGAAGAGACGGGCAAAAGCGGCGAAGUGGCCGACGAAAGUGGCGGGCGAGAUAGCCGGAACCACACGUACAAUUCGGCUGACGAUGUGUCGUCCAACCAUUCGGCCAGCCAACCGGACGAAUUGAUCCGCCCGUCGCUGGACGAGCGGACCAAAUCGAAGCUCAUCAGCCACAAGCCGUACGACGACCUGGACGACUUUGACGACAACCUGGACGAGGACGAGAUGGACGACGAGCCCAGCACGGGCAUCAACAAAGAGCAGUACAACAACCAUUCGGACGGCCCGGAAAACCUGUCCGGCCGUCGCUCGGCUUCCCCUUUAUCGGACGGAGUGGGUGGUACUCCUCCACCAGUGGGAAACGGAUCGCUCCUUUUCCAGCCGCACUCGAGUAACAAUUCAGAGCUGGGCGGCAGUCCAGCAGCCAAUUCCGGAUCACUCCGUUUCGCUUCGUUCCCACCUCAAUCGGCGCCCAACGGCGGCGGCGGCCAACCCGGGCCGCCACCGGGUUUCAUGAUGGUGCACCCGUCGGACGUCGACCCGGCCAAGGACCCGGCCAUCUACACGAAUUUGUUGCCCAGGCCGGGCUCGAACGACAACGCCUGGGAGAGUCUGAUCGAAGUGACUCGGACGUCCGACACGGCCAAGCUCCAGCAGCUGGUGGACAACAUCGAGAACAAGUUGGUGGACCCGAACCAGUGCGUCGUCUGCCACCGGGUCCUCUCGUGCAAGUCGGCCCUGCAGAUGCACUACCGGACGCACACGGGCGAGCGGCCGUUCAAGUGUAAGAUCUGUGGACGGGCCUUCACCACCAAAGGGAAUCUCAAGACCCACAUGGGCGUCCACCGGGCUAAACCGCCGGCCCGUCUCCUCCACAUCUGUCCCGUUUGCCACAAGAAGUUCACCAACGGGCUGGUCCUCCAGCAGCACAUCCGACUGCACACGGGCGAGCCCACCGAUUUGACGCCGGAACAAAUUUCGGCCGCCGAGCUGAGGGAUCCGUUCCCCCAUCCGGGAUUUCCGUUCCUUCCGGCCGGAUUUCAUCCGUUUUUGCAUCACCACCAAGGGUCGCCGUUCCUUCACCAUCACCACCACCCGGGCGCCGGAUUCCCGGGUCUCCAACCCGGACCCGACGGCCUGCCCAUGGGCUUUCCCUUCAGCGCCCGGACGCUGGGCGAAGGUAAGGACGGAAAUGGCGUCCUGCUGGGCGAGCACCGCGACCUGGGCGACAACGACGGCGACCUGGGCGGCGACGCCGAGAUGGGCGGAAGUUCAUCGGAGGCCCUUUCGCCGACUUCGUCGACGGCCUCGUCCAGCCAGCAGCAGCACCACCACCACCCGGGUCUGCUGGGCCUCCACUUUCAACACCAACUGCAGCAGAGGAUGCAGGCGGCCGCGGCUUGCGGGCAAGUGCUGAGCGACGAGGAGCGCCACCAGCUGAUUAUGGCCCAGAUCAGCCGGGCCAAUGCGGAAUUCUUCCGCAAAUACCAACAGGAUUUCGCCGAUAUGACCAUGAUGGACGACGAAGAGUUGGACGACGACGACGACGAUGGAGACGACGAGGACGGAGAAGAGGACGGGGAAGAAUCUUUGAUGCACCAGGACGACGGGACGGGCGAACUGGACUCGGCCGGCCACCCGUCGCCCGGCACCGCCAAAAUCAUGCGCAAUGAAAUGAUCAAAAAUGAGAAAAUGACGUCGCUGCUCAGCUCAGAAGAGUCGCUGGCCGUCGAGCAGAUGCGCCAGCAGCAGCUUCAGCGGUUGCGUCAUUUUGAAUUUUCGCCCAGUCGGGCCUCGACGCCCGGCGAAAUGAAUUCGACAUCACGACGGGAGCGGGAACAGCAGCCGGCCAAGAAAACAGCGGCCAGUCCGACGGUGCUGACGUCUAGUAGGCCGUCGUCGGCCAACGUGUCGGUUCCGUUGCCUCCGCCGCCGCCGGCCGCUGUCGCUAAACCCAAUCUUCAUCCGCCCAUCUCGCCGCUGGACCUAACGGCCGCCCGCGGAGCACCCGCUUUGGCUUCGACGCUCUUCAGCGGACCCCAUCCGACGUCGACAACUUCCAUCUCGCCGGCCACUUUCGUUCCGGCCGCUUUCAGCAUGUCGACGGGCGGUCCGGCAGCCGCCGUUUCCAGCGGCCACAACACGGGGACGUCGAUUUCUUCGUCGAUUUCUUCAAUUUCUUCCGGCCCGGCGGCCGUCAGUACCACCAACAGUUCUCCGGCGUCGGCCCUAUCGUCGUUGACGUCGGCCGUCAUGGCCUCACCUUCGUUCAACCCGCUCAACCUGCCCAUCAGCGCUCCAGGGCGCGGCAACACGACGUGCAACAUUUGCUUCAAGACGUUCGCCUGCCACUCGGCCCUCGAGAUCCACUACCGCAGCCACACCAAAGAGCGGCCCUUCAAAUGCGCCAUCUGCGAUCGCGGAUUCUCCACAAAGGGCAACAUGAAGCAGCACAUGAUGACGCACAAGAACCGCGACGGGACGCCCAUCUCCGUUGAGCUGCUCAACAGCGUCAACGCCGAUCGAUCGCGCUCACGAUCGUCGUCCUGUUCCGUCAAGGACUCAUCCAACAAGAGCAACUCUUCCGACGAUUUCAACCUCCUACACGGCCAGCAGCAGCACCAUCUCCCUCCACCACCGCCGCCUCCCAGUGCUGGCCAGCUGAGCGAGGCCAGCCGACGGGCGUCGGCCAACAACCUGGCGGCCAUGAUGAUGUUAAACAACCCGACGACUCCGGCCGCUCUCAAGGAGCACUGCCUCUCGCUGACCAUCCAACACAGUCACGACCGCAACGGAGCCGGCCCGCUCCAGCACCACCUCAACCAAAACGACAGCCAGAACGGGCUGGCCCUCAAGGACGGACCCAACAAUUCAGAGCUGCUGCUGGCCACGGCCCAGCAGCAGCAGCAACUGCUCCAGUUGCAUCACCACCAGCGCUCGUCGUUAUCCCAUCGCGGACAAAAUUCGUCGUCCGGCGUUCAGAGGAAACGCGACUCGUCGGCGACGUCCCAGAAGAGGCCGGCCGACGAGUAGAGAGACGACGCCGUCGUUCGUCCGGCAGCAGUGAGAGCGGCAGCAGCAUCAGCCCGGCCAGUCAACUGGCCGCCGCCGUUGAGCAGCGGGUCGCUUCAGCUUUGGCGGCUGGGAACGCAGCGGCGGCCGCCGGAUCGGCCGGAUCGCAACACCAACAAUCCAGCCCGCCACCCUAUCGCGUUCACGGCUCAGCCGCCCGUCGAUCGGCCCUCCCCGUACCGCCGGGACCCUUACCUGAACGCUACUGAUGACACUAAUAUGCAAAUCAGUUUUGUCUGUUGGCCUUGGCCUUCGCCCCCUCCCUGCCGUGGAUCUCAUCGAUGAACAAAUGCGAGUUGAUUGCGUCGUCUGCUGAAAAUGAUUUAUAAAAAGAAAAUUCAAAUUUUUCUUGCUGGGACCCCCGCCGCUAAAACGUUCGCCGUGGAAUAUUUCAAAAAACCUCUUAGGAAAAAUCAAAUGAAAUGCAUCAGUCUGCAGUAUAAAUAUUAUUAAAAAAAUAAUCAAAUGAUGAUCAUCUUAUCACCAAUUUCACUUCACACUAACAAAAAUUAACAAGAAAUCGUCACCCACCUCCCCCACUCUCACAACACGACACAUAUCGUUGCGAACCCUUGAACUAUAUAAUUCGCCCCAAUUGAAAUAUUUGAAUUAGAAAUGUUUGUUUGUUUGUUUUUUAGUUUUCGUGUCGAUAAUGUCCGUGUGUGUCUUUGCUUUUCGUUUACUUUGACCUACAAACCAAAAAAGAAAAGAACUGGAACGUCGAAUGAGCGAUGAAUUUGAAUAUCCCCCCUCAAAUUUCUCUCACAGCUUCGCUCUGCUAUAUAUCGUCAAUUAGUGUGUAAUCUCUCUUUUUUUUUCUCCCUUCAUUCCUUUCUUCGAUGAAAAGACAAAAAGAAUAUGUUCAAAAACUCUAUCUAUUUAUAAUCAGUAGAAUUUUGUCGUUUUCUUUUUUCAAAGAUAAAAAAACAAAAAGAUAAAAAAUAUUGGAGCUGAGAGAAAGAACGACUGAUGGUGUGUGUGUGUGUGUGUCAUUUGUUCAUCUCUAUAUGGUAUGUGUUUUUUAGUAAUUAUAUAAAUAUCAUCUGGAGACACAGUAUACUAUGCUAUUAUAGCUGAGAGACCCCAGCCAGUCCCCCUAUAAAUAUUAAAUUCUGUUCAGCAAGAAAAAAAAAGUCGUUUCUUUCUUUUUUUUUUAAUUUUCGGUCACUCAACACACCGGCCCCAUUUUUUGACGGUCGAAAUUUUUCUUUUGUAAUCAAAUGAUGUUGGAAGAUCUUCAUCAAAAGCCGCUAUGUAUAGAAUUUUUUUCUGCUUUUUCACCUUUCGAUUUUUGGUUUGAACUUUGAAUUUCAAGGGUAACGCCCAUAAUGAUUGGCAUAAUAUAAAUUGGAAAACUAAUUAUAAUUCACAGCCGAAAAAAAAAUGUGACACAACCAAAAGCGCCGGCACGUAGAUUCAGCUCUUCCUUUUAAUUCUCCACUAAUUUAUAAUCCUUUCAAAAAAAUUUAAAAAUUCACGAAAAAAAAAUGGUAAUAAAAAACCGCCGGUUGGAAAAACUAUCUGAUUGGAUCUGUCGUAUACAUGUUCCUAACUAGAUGCUAGUCGCCUCCCUCCGCCAGCCUAUUUUAUAUACUCUAAUUAAAAUUAAUACAAAAUCUCGCUUUCGUUUCCAUUUCUCUCUCCUCGGACGUUAUAUAGUUGCGCAUAAAUCUAAUAUGCCAGUGAAAUUAAGAUAUUCCUGCUAUAAAUGUAGACAUCACACGACAUUUAAUUUUUUUUUCAAGUGACCAUUUUUAUUUUCAACUUUUGAAUUUUGUCAAAUACUUUCGUGAACAUAAAAACCAACAAAAAAAAAUCAUCAUCAAAUGUGUAAAUUGCGGGAAUGUUUGCGUGUGUGUAUGUCUCUGUCUCUGUUAUACUAUACAGCGUUUUCAUUUCGCCCACCUGUUUGAAAUUGUAAUUUCCCUCCUUUUUUAUUUGUUUAUUUUAAUUUAAAAAAUUUUUUUUUCGUUUAGUUGUCCGUGUGUGCUGAUGCGCGUUUGUUUUCACUGUCGACGUCUCUAUACUUCUUUAUACAUUUAAUUAUGGUAUACAUAUAAAACACUUGCCACCUCUCCACCCGAUUCCCCCCCCUCCCCCUGCCCCCCUACUGUGCUCCACUAUAAUAUACUUGUUCAGUUAAUAUUUGUUUUGUUUUAUUGUUUUAUUUUUUCAAUUUAAAAUACCCACCGACUAGACAUUUCGAAAGGGAAUAAAAUGUCUUCACGAUUGCGAAUAAAAAGAAAUCAUACGAAAA